AUGGAACCCCUCUACCAGGCUGGGUCCAUUCUCAUGAAGGUGAAUACCCUACAAGGGAAGAAAAUGGUGGAGAGUGGCCUGCAGUCUGGAGACUUUACCCUGUCCCAGUCGUGGCCCUCCUGCCUCCCUCCGCCGGCCGACGUGGAGAUCCUGCAGCAGAAGGUGGCGGGGGUGCAGCAGGAGCUGGAGGACUUCAAGAAGGAGGCGCUCAAGGCCAUCCACUACCUGGAAAACGCCUUCUGCGAGAUGAAUGGGGUCCUGGUGCAGCAAGAGGAGCAGGCGGCCCGCGUGAAGCAGCGGCUGAGGGAGGAGGAGGACCGCGGCAUCGUGCGCAACAAGGUCCUCACCUUCCUGCUGCCCCGUGAGAAGCAGCUCCGCGAGCACUGCAAGCGGCUGGAGGACAUGCUGGUGGGCCGGGGCAGGAAGGGCCAGGCCGACUGA